UGCUUUGAAAUGGGACUCAUGUACAAAGACAUAGUUACGAUUCUUGCCACAGAGUGUGGAAUUGUAAUUUCUUUCCGUCAUUUGAAAAGGCUGCUCAGACAGCAUGGCCUGUCAAGGAGAAAAAACUACAGUGACAUCGGUGAGGUUGUAGACUUUAUUCUAAAGCAGGUCGAGGGAUCGGGUCGUCUGCAUGGCUACCGAUGGAUGUUUGAAAAAUGUCGGGCACAUCAUAUCAAUUGUAAAAAGGAAGAUGUAAGGAUAAUCCUUGGAGUUGUCGACCCAGAAGGGACAACUCAGAGGAGAAGGAGAAGACUGAGGCGACGUCAGUAUUCAUCCAAAGGGCCAAACUUUUUGUGGCAUCUGGACAGCUACGACAAACUGAAAGCAUUUGGAAUAUGCAUUAAUGGCUGCAUCGAUGGGUUUUUCAGGAAAAUAAUGUGGAUGAACGCCUACCACACUUCAUCAGACCCGAAGGUGAUUGGAGGGUACUACAUAGAAAAGGUGUCAGACAUCGGAGGAUGUCCAUCUGUUGUACGUGGGGAUCUAGGUACCGAGAAUGGAUAUGUGCGUGACUUUCAAAGGUUCUUCCGUGAGGACGACGAAGAUGGCAUGGCGGGCAUUCGCAGUUAUCUAGAAGGUCCAAGCACCGCCAAUCAAAGGAUCGAGUACUGGUGGUCCUUCCUUCGAAGGGAGUGCAUGGAAUUUUGGAUCUAUUUUUUUCGCGAUUUGCAAGAUGACGGUGAUUUCAUUGGCAAUUUCGUAGAUGUCAAUCUCCUACGGUUUUGUUUCUUACAUCUUAUCCAGGCUGAGCUUGAUGAAGUGGUAGAUGUAUGGGAUCGGCAUCUCAUUAGACCAUCGAGGAACGUCCAAGCUCCUAGCGGCCGCCCAAACAUCAUGUUCAACUUGCCGUCUUUGUACACUACAAGAGAUUAUCUGCAUGGUGUGAGCCAGGAACGUAUGCAAGCAUGCAAAGAGGAAUGUGUUUUCAGAAAAACAAUACCAUGUGAUGAAGACAUCUUUGAACUCUGUUGCAUCGUGAUGAAUGAAGUUGGGUACGAGUAUCCAAGAGACCGACACGGUGCUCGACUUCUUUAUGUAGCUCUUCGACGUGAGAUAACACACUUGCUUAACAAUUAAUUCUGUCUGAAGGUGCAGCAGCUAUAGGUUCAAACCAACUUAACCAAGGAAUACAAACAAUGCCUGUUCAUGUGGGUGUGUUUUAAGUUUUUCCUUUUUGUUCUUCUUAAGGAAAUAAGCAUAGUCUAAUUGCCUUCUCGCCAAUCAUUGGUUUUGUACACAGUUUGACCUAGAUUAUCUGGCCACUAUCUGGCAAGGAAUUUUUUUUUCCUCACUCUUUGCUUCAAGAUUGAGGGAAAGUUUCUUACUUUGUUUUAUUUAAAUUUUGUACAAACAAAAUGAAACAAGUCUGGAACAAAAGCUUGCCAUUUAAAUGUAUAAGUUUGUUCAUAUACCAGUUUAAUUAAGUAAUAGGAUAUGCUCUAUAUAGAGACAUGUUGUCUAGGACUUGUCUCUCAUAUAUGGCCAAAUCAAUUAUCUGGAUGAAGGCCGGUCCCGACCAGAUAACCGAGGUCGAACUAAAAUAAUUCAGCAAUGAGUCAAUGGAGGUUUACAUUUCAAAGUGAUGGACAAGUAUUGAUUUCUUGUAACUUUUUAUUGAAAUUAGAAAAAAAGAUUGACACAGAUCUCGGUACAAAAUCUAUAAGGACUACAUAGGCACUCUGUAGGCAUCUUAAGCAUUUUAUUGAAGUUUUUCAUACUCAACUUUCUUACUGCUUUGUUCGCCUUGGACAUAUUGUAAUUGUUCUGUUCAUGUCAUAUUACUACAUGUAAUUAAAUCAACUUGAUUAUCUUCCAGACUUGCCUUUGAUGUUCUAUGUGUUAUACAUACAACUCGGACUCAUGGACUCAGUAGCAUUAUGGCACUGCAUGGGCCAGCAGCUGUGGGUAUGCGUUACUUGUGACCAUCUAAUUAAGGCCCCAAAGUUUAAAACAAAAAACAUAUAUUGACCCUAUAUGGAAAGUGGCACUGAACCAAACAAAUUUACUGUGGACUGUGGAGCCCUACAAGUACAUGUAUGUUACCAAAAACACACAUUCAAUGGAAUCUGCAAGUGGGACAAUGUACAUGGUUAUUUUCAAGAUUGGUAGAUAGUGAAACACAGCAAAAUGAAAGUCGUAUCAUUAAUUCUUCUUAAACCAACUUGUUCCAAUAACAUAUUUAAGUAAACAAAAGAAAAUUCUCUGUUUUUUUAUAAUAUGCCUUGGACCAAUAACAAUAAAACACAAAAACGCCAUAAACGUUCUUUCACUAUGGUCAUUUGGUCCAGUUAAAAUUAACAACAUGAAGGAUUCUCUUGGUACUUUAUGAUAUGCCUUAACCAAACAACAUUAAAACACAACACCAUAACUGUUCUCAAAGCAAUACGCCUACCUACCAUGUUCAUGGUUAUUUGCAAGAUUGGUAGAUAGUCAAAACACAACAAAAUGAAAGUCCUAAUAACCCGUUGAAGACUAGUCCUGAUUAUACUCCGGCUGGGGUCUACGGGAAAUGUGUGUUAUAGCAAAAUAAGCUCGUCUUCAACGGGUCAAUUCUUCUUUAACUAACUUUUUCCAAUAAUAUACCGUAAAGUAAACGAAUUGAAGGUUCUCUUGGUUCUUCAUUAUAUGCCUUGGACCAAUAACAUUAAAACACAACACCAUAUUAAACCCAUUUGAUCCGAAUAAAACAUGGCAUGAAGGUUCUCUUGGAUCUUCACGAUACAUGUAUAUCCUUGGGUCCAACAUUAAAACACACCACCCUGAAUGUUCUUUUCAUGUCACUUCAUAAACCCACUUAAUCCAAUAUCCUUGAACACCGGGGGGGGGGGAGGGGGGUACAUGCCUAGUAAGGUAUACACAGUACAGGAGUGUGACGCUCUAAUGGGCGACUUUUUGGCCCAAAAAAUUAUACUAUAUAUUUUUGCCCAUUUCGUCGAUAAAUUGCACAAAAAGGUAAUUAUUCUUAAUAAAACCCCUAAUAAUGGGUUCCCUUCUCCGCCAAAAUGAACCUUAACAAGUGGAAUGCCUCUGGCCGUCUCACCUGCAUCACGCGAUUCAAUAUAGCAGCAGUGCUGAUUUUGAAAACUACUAUAACUCGCACAAGAUGUUCAGUGAUACUUGGUUACUCUUAUUUCUACGUUUUAUGAACUAGACCCAUACACUUAUAGAGAUAUGAUGGUAAUUCAACAUAUACCCCCAACGUGGCCAAAGUUCAUUGACCUUACAUGACCUUUGACCUUGAUCAUGUGACCUGAAACUCGUACAGGAUGUUCAGUGAUACUUGAUUACUCUUAUGUCCAAGUUUCAAGAGAAAGAUCCAUCAACUUUCCAAGUUAUGAUGGUAAUUCAACAGAU